CGGUCCCUAAGCACAUUCGCUCACACACCCUCCUUCGUCACUUCAAGACAUCCCCACCACCCACCCUUCAAAAUGUACAAGCUGGUCGUAUUCGCCGCUGUCCUGGCCGUCACCGCCGCCGCCCCCGGAAUCUACGGAGGCCUGGCCGCCCCCGGCAUCUACGGAGGCCUGGCCGCCCCCGUCUCCCCAUGGGGCCACGGCAUCGUCGGCGCCCCCCUAGUGAGCGCCCCAAUCGUCAAGGCUGCGGUGCCAGUGGCCACCUCCUACGCUAACUCUGUCAGGAUCGCUUCCCCCGCUGUGGCUGUGGCGCCCCAGUAUGCCGUGGCUGCCCACGCUCCCGUGAUCGCAGCGCCCUACGGCCACGCCUGGUGAGCUGCCUCCUAGGCCCGCUAGCCCCACCCGGCCAGCCCAGGCCCCAUUACCCAGGCCUACACCAUCUGGGCCCAACCCGAGUGCAACA